AUGGCGACGUCGCACUCGGUCGGCGUCGAGAAUCAGGAGCCCCUGGAGGUCGACGACGAAGACGUCCACGUCGACGUCGACGAUUGUUCGGCUCCAGAAGUCAGCGAGGUCUCUAGUCUACUUCUUCUUUUUUCUUUGUUGCGAUUCCUGUUGCGUCCAACGAGUUUUUUUUUCGCUUCCUAUCUUCGAUUUAAUUCUCUCAAGUUUUCAUCGAAGUUUAACCAAGAGACAAUUUUUGACUAUAGAGCGGACUUUCACUGAUUUAAUUGAGAUUAAAUCAUUUUUCUUCUAUUCGAGAUGGUUUAGCUUUUUUUUAAUUUUUUAAAGGUUUUUUGUGACUUUUUUAAAAGCGAUCUACAGUUCAUCCCUAACAAUUCGAAGCUCGAUAAAUAAUAGAUUGAAGAAUUUUUUUGUCUGUUAGCUCUGAUUAAUCUUUUUUCGAGGUACUAAUCAGAUAGUUCAACUUUCUUUUUGUUAAAAAAAUGGAAAUUUCUGUAAGAUUUUCGGCUGAUCAAUUUUUUUUAACCAAGAGCUUCGAUUUUCGGUUAAUUUUUUCAAAAAUUUAUACGGAAGGCUUGCAGGUUUUCUCAAAAUUUUUAAUAAAAUAGUUUUACAGUUCCAGUUCAGUUCAAUCAUUUUUGUCUGAAAAGAGCUUUUUUGGCCUUUUUUUUCAACCUGAUGAGAAAUUCAGUCUCACCUGGUCUUUUUUUCGAAUUUCGUAAGUUUUCAAGGCUCUGACUGACUUCUGUUGUGUUUGUCUAACUUUCGAUGAUACAAUGAGCAACCUUCAGGUAACCCUGAGAUCGAUUUUUCGCCUUUGUCAUUUUUAUUGGUUCUAUCUUAACUCAAAAAGUCUUUUUAGAGGCUUUUGAAAGUCAAGGGCCCUCAACUGAUUUUAUGCCCAUUCAAUUUUUUUAAAAUCAUAAUUCAAGAGAAAAAGUAACGAAAAACAAUUUUUUCUAGUUUUUGUUAAUGUUUGAAGGUUGAUGUUUCUGUUUAUGGAACUUGAAAACUUUUUUUUAAAUGAUUAAAAACGAAGUGAAACUGGAGUUUAUUACUUUGAACUGGUUACUUUCCAAUAGGUUUCACGAUAGUCAAUGUUUUUCAGGAAACCUGUUCUCUUUUGAUAAAGGAAAGUUGAUUUUUUGGCUAGGUUUGUCUGAUUCUUUUUUUCCCCAUCGCAAAAAGACGUCUCCGGUUCCACAACGCCUCGUAAGGAUGGAAAGAAAAUGAUGAAGAAAAAAAAAGGUCCACAGUUUUUAUUUUUCUUUUUUUCGUUACAAGAAAACUUGUAAACUUUUCGGGGAUAUCAAAAAAACCCGAACAAAAGUCUAGCAAAUUUAUUUUCUUUGAACGGCAUUUUUUAUGAAGGAAUUGAUUUUUUCUGGACUUCUAAGCAGUUAAUGUGACAUAUAAAAAAACUCAAAAAAAAUAAGAACUACAGUUUUUUUCAUUGCGAUCUUGGCAUCGUUCUUAUUUUGUUCUUUUUCUACCUUUGGGAUAACUUUUCCAUCUAAUUUUUUUCCAACACUUCACUGGCUACUCCAAUAAUUCCUCCAAAACAAUUGUAAAUAAGACCCCAGAAAAAGUCGAUUUUUCCCAUGGAUCGGACCUUGGUAACGUCGACGAUGCAGCGACGACGGCGACAGAACCGGAAUCUUCUGCGGCAGAAAAUGGCGACGCAGGCGUCCAAAGUCUUGCGCGCACCUCUGCGAUCUUACCGUAACCCUGGCGGUUUCGCCUUCCGAGGCCUCCAUCACCUUGAGAGGAGAAAGAGCAUCAGUUUUUUUUCUCCCUGUACCGUUCCGUUUUUCGGCCACUCUUCCUAAAUUUCCCAUUUUUUUUUUCUCUCGGCCUAAUUCUCUUCAUCUUUUGACCGAUUUUGGAAGACUAUCUUUACGGCGUUAACUUCUGAUUCGACUACUUCUUUGUCUCAGAGGUAAAUUUUUCCUUGUUUCUGCAGUUUUUAGAAAUUCUAAGUAGGCUUGCAGCUUUACGAAAGAGACAUACUUUUUUGACCAUUUUUAGCGUCCAAAUAAGACGAUUCUCCCUUUAGAGACUCGUUUCUUUUGAUCGUGCCAAAGCAACUUUCGAAUUGAAAUUUUCUAAGCACAUUUUUUGGAAAAUUUGGAUUUAGAGUUCGGGGUGUGAGAGAAUUCAUAUAAUUAUUUAAACAAAUCGUUUUCUUUUUUUUUUCUUAAUUUUGAACUGACCAUCAUUGAGUGAUUUUUUACAUUUUUGAAAUCGGAUCUCUAAAAUAAGUUGCAACCAAUUUGCAGUUUUCAUAUGGUCCCUUGCUAAGCUGAUCGUUUUUUGAAACACUCAGCCUUUUUUUACAGUCAAUUUCUUGCUGUUUUCUUUUUUCCCGGUGUCCUAUUUUCAAGUUCAAAUGAAUCAAUUUCAAGCUUUGUUGGUAUGGAAUACCAUUCUUUAGUUCAAAUCGCGAACAAUUUCUGUUCUUGUAUCCUUGUAAUAGUCUCCCUGAAUUGACGCAGAUUUUUUCUCUUUUUUUUUCGAUCCACGGCCUAAUCACCAACUAAGUGUCAUUAGGCGCAGGAAAGUCGUAAGGACUCGAAGAAAGGGACAAAAAAUGGUUUGCCUUUGCAUUCAGCAAUUUUUUGGCCGUCGCGCCGCCUCCAUCAAAUUCCCCGCGUCCAUCGCCACUUUUUUUCUGGCUUCGUUUUUUUUUCGUCAUCGCGUUGCCAGUUCGGUUGGACCCUCUACCUAUCGAUUUUUCGUCGGGAAAAAUCAAUUCGUUCCUUCGGAAAUCGGACCAGGGAAAGGCUGGAAUUUGAUAAGAUUAUAUUCUUUGAUGAGACCUUUCAUCGAAGGGAAGACUACUGUAUACUGUAUCGAUUGACAGUUUUCCGGUGGUUCAAGAGGAAGGAUGAAACAAAAAGAGAUGAAAAUUUCCUAGGAAUCGGAUUCAAUUUUUUUAAUAUUUCAUCUUUAAGGUUAUUGCUUAUGAACAUUGCUUAUUGUAUUUUUCAUGAAUCUAUAGUUUUUCUAUUCUCUCCGUCAUAAUAAAUAAGAGGUUAUUAUCGUUAACCACGCCCAUGAAAGAUGAGUUGAACUCAGAUCUUUAUUCUGAAAGAAAUAUUCAUGAAAGGUUACUCAGUAAAGGUACUCAUUAGCUGAAAAAAAGUCAUUCAGAAGACUUUAAAUCAAAAAGCAGUGUUAUACGAUUUUUUCAUCGAUGGAAGAAUUUUUUUGAGGAUGGUUUACAUAAAACCAAUCAUAGAGAUUUUUCAAAGUAAAUUUUUGAAAUAAGUUUGAGAUUUUUGUAUCACAAAAUUCAAAAAUCGAUCUUAUUCAACAAAAAUUGUUUAUUCGGACUUUUGAUAUUUAAAAAAACUACAUGAGCUCUCUCUUGUUGACUUUCAUUCAUAGGUACUUUGGUAAAACAAAAAAAUAUGAAGAGAAGUCUAAACCUCUUCGUUUCGCAUACUGUCUAGCUAAUCUUGAAUAUUUCAAGUUGUCUAGACUUAUGAUUUAGAUUUCACACAUGGAUUUAUGAACUGUAGUUCAGAAAGUUGUUCUUUCUCUUCACUUUUAGGAACUAUUUGCUCUAAACUCUUUUGUUCCUUUCAAUGUUUGUAGUUUCUUUGCUAGUUCUUCCUUUUUUUUUCUUCUUCUCUUGUAACAGAGAACAAGAAGUGCCUUACGGUAGUCCGAAGGAGAAGCUCGUUCUUCGCACUUUGCUCUGAAAAUAAUCUGUGUGGGGGAAAAGUUGGAAGAGUAUUGUGUGAGGUACGGUAGAAGUCGCAAAGUGAGAGUUUGACACAGCAAACGAGGAGAAAUUCGAACGACGAGGAUGGCCGCGGGGAGUCGAAUUGAAAUUGUUGAGAAUGGGUGGGAGGCACGAGACUCCGCCCCUUUUUGUAUGACCGAGGUCGAUCGCCGCGCACUUUUUCGCUUUUCCUUCAACUUUUUCUACCCAUUUCUUGUUGUUUUUUGGGCUCGCGGACACUUUUUUUUCCCAGAAACCCACCCGUUUGGAACUGGUAUCGCGCUGACCUUUUGCUUUUUUUUUUACGAAUGAAUGUAUUCUCUGGCUUCAGACCGUGGGGUAGAUGAAGAGAACAGCUUUGAAAGAAAUUUGAAUAUUCAUAAUUAACUUUGACAAAAAAAUAAAAACCCAGAAAAAGUUCAAGUAACAAACAGCUCUUGAUUGAUGGCUACUUACAGCUUGUCGAGUUUGAAAAAAAUACUUUUUUUCUAUAUAAUAUUUAUUUACAUUUGUUCCCAUUUUUUUCGUUCAGAAAAAAAGAAAAAAACCUACUCAAUAAUUUCUAAUAGUCAACUUUUUUUCCUGGGGUUUUUUUCGAAAAGAAGUUUUUCUCAUUUCUACUUUUUCUUUAUGAAAGCUCUUUUUUUCAUUUCUUGCAAUUUUUAAAAUUUCUGAGUUGAGAAAAGUUUUUCGGAAACAAUAUCAGAGAAAAAGAGAAAAAAAUGUCAGAAACAAGUGAGAAUUAGAAUAUAAACAUUCCAAACAAAGGUCAAUUACAAAAAAAUUCUUUCAGUUAUUUUUUUAUAACAGGGACUUUUUUUGAUUCUGGAAUUCUCAUGCUGAUAAAAAUUCCCUUUUAUAAACUUUUUUUCACACAAAAUUAUUUUUCUUUGAAAAAAAUUUGAUUUCCUUUAACCUUUUCUAUAAUUUUUUUUUCAAUUCAAAGAAUUUUUGGUCCAACGGUUUUUUUCCGCUGGAAGACCACCCGGUGUUUACUCACGGCCCACACACAACACACAUGGCGACGCACUUUUUUUUUCCAAAAUUCUCUCUUAACAAUUGAUCAGUUCACUAUUUUCGGUUCUUUUCUCCUUUUCUGAAGGCUUUUUAUGAAUUCUCAGAAGUUUUUUAAGUAGAAUGAGGGUCAAUGAAUCGAGGAGGUAUAACAGUCGAUUGAUUAGAGUUCUGUUUCAAAUGUGGUUUUUUGAUUUUUUUCUAUUUUCAAGUUGAACUAUCAAACCACGUCAAAAACUUGAGUUGGAUAUACAAAAAGAAAAGUUGAAUUUCAAAAUAAGUUUCAUUUCUGAAUAUCCUUUUUAGGUAUUUUUUUUUCUUUUUUCAGUUAUUGUCACUUUGAAAAGAACCUAAGAUGGGAAUACUUUGGCAGAAUUUUUUUAAAUGACACCUUUUAAGACAGAAAUUGUGUAAUUUUUAAUUGGAUCGAUAAUGAGAUUUGUUUAAUGUUGAGAGCUUGCAAAUUGCAUACUUCCCAUAAAUUCUGAACGGAACUUUUUCACAAAACCAUUAUACCUCGAAACUCUUUAAGAUUGAAUUUCUAAAUCUGCUUCUAUCCUGAGACAAGGAACUUGAGUCAAAAGUUAGUUUGAUGGGGAACAUCACACAAUUUUUUACAUCCCUUAAAAAUAUAUAAACACAACUAUCAGAAAAUGAAGAAAUUAAAAUGAAAAGAGAUUCACCAAAGCAUUCAUUUGUACCAUUUACGAACUGUGGUGCACCAGAACUGACAAGAAUGAAGUGAAAAGAAGAAGAAAAACGAGAAAGAAGUUUCAGUUCGAGACGAAGCCGGACGUCGGGCAACUGCAGCAGCAGAUGCAGAUGCGCGAGGCGAAGCCCUACAAGUGCACCCAAUGCGUCAAGUCUUUCGCCAACUCGUCCUAUCUCUCCCAACACAUGAGGAUCCAUCUCGGGAUCAAGCCCUUCGGUCCUUGCCAGUACUGCGGCAAGAAGGUUUUUCUUUUUUACUUCGUCCGCAACGAGUAAAAAAGAGCAUUUCAAUGAAAAAUACCAGAGCGAAUUGUGAAUAACGAGUUAUCAGCUAUUUGAAUAAAGCAUCCGUUAGAAAUAAAAUGUAGAAGAUCGGUAUAGCAUCCUGUCAUGAAAAAUAAUCAAAUAUCGGGAUAAUUAAGACGAUGAAAAAAAAACUUCAUGAGAGCGGUUUUUCAGCCUCUCUUGAUAAGAAACGAUUAGUUUUCUGUAUGGCGCACUAGAAAAGCGAUGGGAAUUUUGAGCCACCGAAAAAUUGCUCCGAAGGCAACGCAUCUUCGCUCCAUUGAUAACUUCCUUCAACGUCUUGAACCUUUCAAUGAAGAUAAAACUAGUAGCCUUUGUAAUUUUAACUUCACCUAAAUUCAACAUUGAGCCGUCGAAAUCAAACUCCAAAAAAAAAAAUGAAAAUUUGGUCGUCAAUUUACCUUUAUUUAUCUUUUGAGUGGCUUGAUUCUAAUUUUUAAGUUGAGAAGCACAUAAAUUUUUCAGUCUUAAAAAAACCAUUACAAUUUCAAAAAAAGUAAAAAAACAGCUGCGGAAAUUUUUUUCUUUGGUUUAUAUCCUUCUCGUUGUAUUGCUGAAAUCCCGGGAAAAUUUUUUUAAAAUAUCUACCUUUUUCGUUUUUGUAAACAAUAUGAUUUUUUUGGGCAAGUAUCCGUUUUUCAAUAUUAUUUAGCGAUUGAUAGAAAUAGAAACUUUUUUUAAUGAAAUCUUCAAUUUUUUUGAUCUUUUUUUCUCUUGCACAGAAAAAUCCAUAAAAUCGUUCCUCUGCAAAAUCACGUAAAGAGCUCCGCUUUUUUUAUUUACUCUCGGGUUUUAUCUUUUUGAUCUGUGCUCUUGAAAAAAAUUUUUAUUUCUUUCUUUCAAUUCAAAAAAAUAGGUUGGGUUGAAAAAAAGAAAAAAAGGUCGAUGACCCAGUUCAAAAGCUUUUUUUAUUUUUUUAAUUUUUUUAUUUUUUUAAAUAUUAUUUUUCUUGUUUAUAUUACGAUCAGAAUCAUUCUUGAGAAAUUGAAAGCUCAUCACAUGCUCACAAAAUAUACGCUUUUUCUGGUUUUUGAAGAAAAAUGAGUUUACGGCUUUUCAGUCAUAUUUUUUUGAUGGCGCCUAAGAAAAUCUGUUUUCAUUGGGCCUAAAACUCCUCUGGAAGUUUUCUAAUCGAUAAUGUAGGGCUAUUGAUUUUUUUUCCUCCUCAAUUUUCCUCUUUUUUGUCACGAAAAGAGGCGUGGUCAAGCGGAGGUUGUUGCAUAUUCAUUGGUUGGACUGGUCUACAGUUUUCGUGCGCUUUUAAGGAAACAGGGAGCCCAAUGAUUUUUUUUUUCGCAAAUUCAUAUGAGUCAAAAUCAACCAUCAACAUUAAUCGGAAAGUUUUUUGAAAAUGUUUUCAAGUUUCUUGAUAUUAUGUGGUAUCGAAGCUUUUGAGACUCGAUGGUUAAGAAGAAAAAUAAUUCAGUUUUGGAACUUUUUUUCUAUUUAAAAAUUCGUUUGAAUCGUUCAGGGAAAUCCAUGUUUAUUAUGAGUUUGGGAAAAUUAAAGCUUUUUUUUUGAUAUUAAAUACAAAAACGUGACCGAACCUUUUUUUUUAGAUAUGAAUAGACUUUUUUUUGUUGCUGAUUAAAUUUAAGGGAUUUUUUGGCUUUCAAGUCUGAACCUUGUUUAUAUAUAGUAUAUUUCAUCUUUCGCUAGCUUGGGAAAAAAAUACUUAAAAAAACGAAAAAAACCUCUUGUUUCAGUAUACAAUUUUUCUAGCCUUGUGAUAUCUCUCUUUUAAGCCGUCGAUGAUAAAACUAUGAAAUCUCGUUUCUCGAGUAUGACACCGAUCAUAACACAAAACGGGAUGAGGUGAAAGGUCAAUUCGUUGGAAACAUAGUGCAAAGUGCUCGUUGCGCUGCUCUUUCUCUCUCUUGAGAAAAAAUCGCAACAUUUGGAUCGCCGAAAACGCGCCCUAUGGGGAAACCGAACAAACAACAAAACAAACAAAAAAAGGAGGUCUCUUUUUGUGCCGGCCAAACAUUGGACGACAGAGUCCAUUUCGGUGGGGACAAAAACGUGACGGCCUUUUUUUCUCUCUUUUUUCUUCCUGCUCUCGAAAAAAUGUUCGUUUAAAAAGGAACGGCUCGUAAGGGACACGCGAUACCGCACGCAAAAUCGACAGACAAUGAACUUUCCAAAGAGUUUCGUCUUUUUCUUUUUUUUUCCACGGCUUCUCCUUGACCUUGGGCUCUUUUCGCACAAGUACACGAAACCUUUGUUGAAAAAGGGCGAUCAAUGAGACUAGACUGUAUUAUAUUUUAAAAUUUGAUGAGAAAACAGGUCCAAGAGGAGUUUCAAAAACUGGGGUUUAUCAAAUUUUUUUAAAUAUUGAUUUUUCGUGUAAAUUGGAUUUGAUUAACCGAACAAAUCGGAGAAAAACAUUAAGAAAAAAAAUAUAUAUAUGCCUAUCAUACCACUUGAAAAUUUAUAUUUGAUCGAAAUAAAGUUUAAGAAAAACUGUGGUAAAACUAAAUUUAUCAGUAAGAACCAAGCAGGAAUUUGGCUCAAAAACUUGAAAGUAAGUUCUAAUUUUUUUUAUUUCGGACCAUAUUCUUUUUGUGAAAUGAUAAUUUCCAAGCAAUAUUUUGCUUUUUUUUCAAAAAUUUUUGUCAAGUUUUCAAAACGUGAGGACUAGGUUAAAUUUCUUCACAAUAAAUCGACAGAAAAUUUUUCGAAGAGCUCAAAACUUUGAGUUUUUUCUAUCGAGGUUGCUUUCCUCGGUGAUUAUCUGACUGAUCUUCCUCUUCUCCUCGUAAACUUUUUAGGUUACUGUCCAUUAUCGUGAAAAAUGUCAGCCACUGAAAAAAGGGGGGCAUUUACAACAGCGCGGCGGUAUUUUCCCGUUUCCCUUACUCAAGGCCGUUUCUCUCUUAUCUUCGUCGCUGCGCACGCCGUUCUCAGCUUUUUUGGUCUACGGUACCCAAAAAACGCUUUUUUUUCUGUCUCACUGACCCCCAGAAUCAGUAGAAAAAACGAGCGCCGCGACGACUUUUUUUCUCAUUUCUUAUCUUUCUUGACCUGAUUUUUUUCGAGCAAAAAAAGUGGUUCUGUCUUGAAAAAAACGUUUUGAAAAAAAGUGCCGACUGUCUCGGGAGAAGAAAAAAAAUUGGGGCGAUUUGAUAAGAGUUUUUGGGUUUGAAGAAUAAAGAGGAACAGGAAACGGGAAAUAAGAAAAAAAAAUGAAUUAGAAGCAGAAUAGCUCGAAAAAAAAUGCUUUAGAAAUUGCUUCAAAUAUUAUAAAAAAUUGUUCAUUUUCAGUUCACGCAACUCUCGCAUCUGCAGCAACAUAUCCGAACGCACACUGGCGAAAAACCUUAUAAGGUAAAUCUCAAUAUACCUGAAUGAAAAAAAAUGAAUAUGAGUUAGGUUUGGAUUUGGAACAGAUCGAUAUCAAAAUCCUACACCGAUUCUCUAUCCCCACUUUUUAAAUAAGUUUCAAGAAGAUAAAUGACGGGAUUUCAGUGCAAGUUCACGGGUUGCGAAAAAGCGUUCUCGCAGCUGAGCAACCUCCAAUCGCACUCAAGGUGUCAUCAAACGGACAAGCCUUUCAAGUGCAAUAGGUGAGUUUUUGAAACAUUGAAUGGGAUCAUAAUCGAAAGGUAUACUUAGAAAACUGGAUGACUCAUUGAAAUUAUUUCUUUUGGAGCUUUUUCAGGUUUUUUUAUCCCAAGUUCGUGAUGAAAGGAAAUUUUGUUUAAAGAAAGCGUUAAAAUUUUUUAAAAACAAAAAAAGCCUCUUGAAGAACCUUAAUAAUUUACUUAUAACUAAAAUUUGCUGGAAAAAGUCUUUGUUUCGAAACACAAAAAAGGUGAAGUGUGAAAGCGAGUUGAGAAGAAAAAAGACUUUUGGUUUUUUCCUAUCACCCAACUGAAGUGAACCUAAGCUGAUUUCAACCGUUUAGUUAAGUAUGUUUCAAGACUUUCUGAAAAUUUGUAUUGCAAAGGAAAUACGAUGUUGCAGUUGUUACAAGUGUUUCACGGACGAGCAAAGCCUUCUGGAGCACAUCCCGAAGCACAAAGAGUCGAAGCAUCUCAAGGUGAGAAAGGUGCGCAGCAGAGAACUGUCAAACGGGUGACCAACUUGGAGUGGUAUCCCUCUUUCCAGAAUCGAAUCGUGUAUCUUUUUAUGAUUUCAAAAGAUUUCAUUCUUUAAAAUGGGUUUUGUAUGAGCUUCUUUGUAGCGUUUAACAUGGAAAAAAUUCAUUUUUUCAGAAGAUUUCGGGCUGAUCUGUUGAGUAAAUCUAAAGUUUUUCUAACCUUUAUUUUUUCAAGAUAAUCGUUUUGAGUGAAGGAGUGAACAAUAAACGUACCUAAUGAAUAUCCUAAAAUUUUCAACUUUUGAAUUUUUGACGUUUUUGAGAAUAUGACGUCUCAAUGCUUCCGACUAGCUUAGAUGGUUUUCUCUGUUUCGACGCUUCCGUUCUCAUAAUUUUAAAAAGUUUCGUAGUUGAGACUUUAAUGAUGUUCAUAUAGUACUCCAGGAAGUAUCCUGGUCGUUUAAAAAAAGUUCUUAUAAAGUUGAAAUGUUCUUGGAAAGUUUAAACAUCUGGAUACCACUCCAUUGGCAACUCCGACCUUCCCCGAUCUGGAAGUCUGGUCAUGGUUGAUGUUCAGGUGCACAUUUGUCCGUUCUGCGGCAAGUCCUACACGCAGUCGACCUACCUGCAGAAGCACAUGACGAAACACGCCGACAGAACUCGGACGGCCGCCGCCCUUGGGUCCGUCCGUCCAUUUUACUUUCUUCUUUUCAUUUGUUUUGCCUUCCAUUGAAAACGCGGGAAAUGAACUGAAAUUCAAGUUUCAGGUCGGAAACCCUGCCGACGGAUCACUUCGAUCAGGCGUUGCUCGGCUGGAACGCCAUGCACGGAAUGCAGGACAACUCCCAGGAGGCUCAGUUUGCAAUUAGUGAGUUUUCUCAGCUCCCUUGGGCCAAGGUCUUUCGCGAAUUGGAUUAUUUAUCUUUGAUAAAACGUCAAAUCGAUUGGAUUUCUCAGUAACUGAGAAACCCUCCUAAAAUGACUUCUUGUCGACGCUUAGUUUAAAGGAACCGUUCAAAAAAGAGGCAAAACUAUUGAUCAAAAUCAAAAAUCCCUGAACUCUUUUUUGAAACUGUUAAAUAUGCGAUGGCAAAUUUUCUCUAGGUUUUUUUUGAACUGCCUGAUUUUUGUCAAGCUCUCACUGGUCACCACGCGCAAGUCGUUUAGAGGUCGGCCGCGCUGAAAAAAUGAUAAAAAAAUAUACGCAUUCUCAACCAUCCUUUGAAAACGUAUGCACUUAUCCACGUUUUUUUUUCAUUUUUAUUUGAAACAUGCAAUUGACACCUUUGUUCUUUUUUCGGCGACUUUUGAUGAGGGAAAAGUGACCCAAAUGACUUUGGCACCGUAACCCAAUAGUUUCAAAAGUCGUCCGCGUCGCAUGCAUACACUUAGAGGCGCCAUAACGUGUGUGAGGGCCGAAGUACCACACGAAACAUAAAAAAUAUCUGGAGGAAGAGAAAGUGCCUUUGUUAUAAUUGACCUAGAAACCGGCUCUUCCUUGAAAACGGGCGACGCGGACAGCCGUUUUUUCGUUUCUGUUCUUUUUUUGAGAGGCAGAGAGAGACAUCGGAUUCUGAUUCACCGCUUUGGGCACAAUAUUUCGCGCCCAACGGCUGUUUCGUCGUCGCGUCGCUCUCCUGCCGACGCGGCUUAUUUCGUCGGCAUCCGACCUCGUUCGUCGAUGAAAAAAGCGAACGUUUCGGUCAAGCGAAGGAACAGACAGCGCACAGUCUUUUUUUUCGCUUUGAGAACGCCUUUCAAACUUUUUCGGGGAUUCGCCGCUGAAAAACCGGCGGCUGCGGUGGUGGCAUUGGAUUUCAACAAGUUUAGAAAGGAUUUUAGAGAUCUUCUUGUUUGCUCAACGUUUUUCAAGAUAUAAAAAGCUGCUGAAUCGUUUAGUCAUUUGAAAAGAAGAUAAUGUAAUGGUAAAUAUUUAGUAAUCGAAGUCCUAAGUUAACUCGAAUAUUGAUGACGUUAAGAGGUAGAUCAGGCUUACAAUAUUGAGUAUCGCAAUGAAGACAGAUUGUGAGAAUUUGGCUCGAAAAACGUCCGGCAGAUGUUUGAAAACUCGAAGGGACUCGAACCAGGGAUCUUGCGACGAUUUAAAAAAUAAAUCUUAGCUACUGCGCUGCCCUUUCGAAUCCAGAAAUUGUAGCUAUUGUUUUAAUGAGUUGAUAAUCAGUUAGAGCGCGAAGAUUUGAAAUACCUCUUCGAAAUUGCUUUUUUUAUCGCAUCGCGAAAAAAAAAACUUUAAUGAACUUCCAAUUUAUUUGUAAAAAAUUGGAGUUUCUCUUCUUUUUCGAAAACUUUUUCUAAUGCGUAAAAUUUUGACGUCGACAAAAUCCAAUAUGAAAGACUAAACAUAAAAAAGAAAAUGUUUUCCAACGCUUUCAUAGAGAAAAAAGUGAGAGAUAUAUGGAUUUUGUGUUUUGAUCCUUUCUCUUUUUGCAAAGUGAGAAAAAGAUGGAGUUUGUGUUUUAGUCCUCUUUCACACAAUGAAUGCGUACUUAUGCUAAGAUGAAUCAUGUAUCAAUUUCUUGAAAGGAUUUUUUUUGACAGUUUCAAGUCAAAAAUUUUCUUUUGAGAUUUGACGGUUUUUUUUUAAAAAUAUUAAUAACAAUUUGGACAGUGUGAACCCUAAAGAAGUUCACUUGGAUCUUGAACUUAAGAGAAUUCAUUGUGCAAUUAUACAUCAUUUGCGUCUUGAAGUAGUAGAUAUGGAUGGUAGAAUGACCAGUUCUUUGCAGACCAAUUCGCAGCCAACUCGAUGAUGGGCGCCGUUUCCGGCAACCAGGCGAGUCCUUACAACAACCCGGCGCUGCAGAACAGCGCCUUCACCCAGCUGCUCAACUUCCGCAACAAUCCGCGCUACUUCGACUACCAGAACAUCAAACAGGCCGGCGACCGUCCCGCUGGGUGAGUCAGCCUUUAAAAAUGGGACCUAAAAGCUGAGUUAAAAGCUUUACAAAAAGUCUUGGAGCACUUCAGCUCUGUCUUUACACUGGCAUCAGAAGCGGUAUUCGCUAUUUUGGUUCAACAAACAGUUUUUCUUUUUCGAAAGGGGACUUUUUUUUUAACUGAAGCAGAAUAGAAAUUUCAUAUUUUUUUCAAAGUUUUUUUAGUUGUUUUUCAGGUCUGUAAAAACAAAUAGGAUCAGAAAAAAAUUGAUUUAAAAAAAGUACUUGUUUUGAAAGAGAGUGUCAAGAAAAAAACUUCUGAAUUCAGCUGCUUUUUUUAAAUUUCUUUGGUUCCAGCUCAAAAAGUAGUCCCUUUUGAAGCGUCUAACUCAAUUUGAAAACAAAAAGCUUCGGAUUUAUUUUUAAUUCAUAAACGUUUAUCUAUCAGAGUUUUUAUCGAUGCAUACCGCUUCUGGUCCCACUCUAGAAAUUGAGAGAAACAUUCUAAAAAAAAUUUGUCAGAGAUUUCUUGAAUUUUCGAGUUUUAUCUUUCUAAUAGACUAAUAAAAGAGUCUCUAGAACCGCUCAAGGCCCCUAAAUAAACAGAGUUUGCAGAUUCAACAUGAUCACGCCUCUGGAGAACAUCCAGCGGUACAGCGGAACGGCGGUGACGACGACGGCGAACGCGGCGGCUGUCGCCGCGACCACGGCCCACAAUCAGUUCAACCCGCAGAGCAUCAUCAACAACAUGAAGCACGCCUCCACAUACUGA